AUGCUUAUAGAGAAAUCAUUAUAUAUCUCAAAAUCUUCUUCCAUUUCUCUUCAUAUAUUUACUACAUUAGCAAAACACAAGGUGACAACUCUAAUGGCUUACAAUCUUCUUCUCACCGUCCUCAUAGUACUCGUUUCCCUUUCUCUAGCUUACAGUUAUUUUCAUCCCACAAGAGAUGUUUUGUUUAAACAAGACAAUGAUGAAUCAUACUCUAUGGCCACGAGUGAGCAAGGGUCAUCGAUGAUUGAUGUUGAAGAUCUAGUGAAAGCUCGAGUUCUUGAAGCUCUACUUGCUGGCUCAAAAGUGGUUGUGAAUAAAGCUUCUAACAACACUUCAUCCGAGAGUUCAAAGAAGAAAAAAUAUAAGAGCAGAGUAGUACUACCAUUGGAAGUUUUAGCAAUCAUACUAGCAGUAAUUAUUAUCAUCUGUGUUAUAGACUUUUUCUAUGAGAAGCACAAAACAAAAAAGGCUCAAAGUCUUGGACAAGAGAAAGCAGAUGAAUCAUCGAAAAUUCAGACUUCCAAAACGGAGGAUGUUGUCUAA